AUGAAAGAUUUGGUGCUAGUUAGAUAUUCAUCAAGCGAUGCCAAAGCUGUAUUCCUCUUGCUUUAUGCUUCUCCUCCUCCUCUUGACAUCAGGUUUAAUCCGAUGCUGGUUUUUGUUGCUGCAGUUGAAAGUGGAGUAUGUCAGAUAGGAGGGCUUUCCCGUUGUGUGAGAAGUUGGGAUUGCAAAGACAAAAAAGCUUGCAAGGAUGAGUGCAGCUCCGGCUAUGCCGGAGGUUAUGGAUUGUGCACUGGCAAUCCCAACAUCUGCUUGUGUUCUUAUGAUUGUCCUCCUCUUUAA